AUAAAUGUCAUUUAAAAGCACCACAAAAGCACCCUAGAAAACUCCGCUCCUGUCCCGUUCCAGAACCGCCAAACCGAACGCUACUUGUGUUGUGUUUACAAAAUUUUAACAACCUAUUUAACCUUACUUUUUUUCUUUUCUGUUCAAAAUGUUGCUCAAAAAUGUUUAUAAAUCAAUUUCACAAACUUCGAGAUUGAUGUAUAAUUAUUCAGUUAGAAAACGAAGACCCUUUCAAAGUAAACUAGUUCAUCGAAAUGCAUUGUUGGACGAACUUGAAAUAAAUAAGGAAAAACUUCCAUCUGAAUGGAAAAUAAUUCGACAAGAAUUUCUUAAUGACAACAAAAUUACAGAAAAUAGUGUUGAUGCUGUUAUUUUAGGACAUUGUAUAAGUAAAAAUAAUUAUUCGUUAGGAUCGUCUUACAUUAAUUUUCUGAAUAAAGAGAAUAUUAAGUUUACACUUGCCGCAUCAGGUAAAUAUUUCAAGUUACUUUAUUUUAUUAAUAAAGAAGAUCGUUUUGUGUCGGGCAACUCGAUAAAAAAAGAUCAAGAACAAUUUAUUUUAAAAAAAUUCGGUGAAAUAAGACAACAACAUAAAAUUUUGGAUUCCAUAACUCUAGAAGGUUCAAUUGGUGCCUUAUCUCUAACCCAUGAAUGGAAAAAAUGUCUUGAUUUACUUAACGAAAUUAAAGUAACUACAACUCCAAAUGGUAACGCAUAUAGUAACAUCGUUUCUGCAGCAUUUUUAAAUAACGAAGAAAGUUUAGGCUGGUCUUUACUACAAGAAAUGAUUUUGUAUAACAGAAACAUUGACGAAAUCGUAUAUUUUGCUUAUAUAAAUUAUUUGAAGAAGUUGAAAACAGGCAAAAAUCGUAUCAGUCAAUUAGAAAAACUCUUUGUAUUUUUGGAAGAAAAUGAUAUUGUAUUGAAUUCAAGUGGGGUUCCUCUAAAAAUAGCUGAAUUAGGUAAAGAGUUAGAUUUGGAAACUAUGUCUACGAGGGUAACCAAUAAAGGAAUGUGUACUGGUUGCAAUAAUUAUCUAAAAAAAUUUAGACUUACGGAUGAAGAAUUUGCAGAGUUAAAAAAUACAUUAUUUAAAAAUGUGAUUAUUGGAAAGGAUAUAUUUUCAAAAACAGAUCCAAAAGAAGUAGGAAGAUUCAAGGAAUUUGUAGAUAAACAAGAGGAAUUUGAUGUCGUUUUAGAUGGUUUAAAUGUUGCUUAUUCAGCUGGAACUGGACAUUCAACUCAAGUGUUGUCUGGUCUAGUGGCUUCAUUAGUUUCACACUUUGUUCAUCAAGAUAAGAAAGUACUGGUAGUGGGAAGGUACCACAUGAACCAAUGGCAUAAAGAAAAUUGGAAUUAUAUUACACAAAAUUCAACUGUAUUUCUUACAAAAAACAUUUCCCAAGAUGACCCAUAUUUACUCUAUUGUGCUUUGAAUUCUGGAAAAGACACAAUUAUAGUCACAAGAGAUUUAAUGAGAGGACAUAAAUUUCUUUUAAAGGAUCCAAAAUUAAGAAUAUUAUUUAAUAAGUGGCUGUCCCAGAGGCAGUAUCAAUUGAUGAAAGUUACUGGGCCUGGCAAGCCAAUUUUCAGAUAUCCACCAGCAUUUACUCUAAAUGCUCAGAAAAUUGGAGAUAAUUGGCAUAUACCAUUUAAAGAUAUGAGUGAACAAAUCAACUGGAUGUGCAUAAAAUGCCAGACUUUAUACUGACUUUACAAAAAUAAUAAUUACUUUGCUUACUAGUUUUUAAAAUAAAACUAAAGGGAAAUUCAUACUAAAAGAAAAUUCAUUUUUCAUGUCAUUUCAAAUUGAAAAUGUGUGUUAUCAUCUACCAGAUUUAGAUUUUAUACCCUAUUUAAAAACUAUUUUUUUAAAUAAUUUAUUAUCUGUGAUAAAACUAUAUUAAUUUAAGACUAAUAAAUACAACUCACUUUUCUUCUUAAAUGUAAUUUUUGUAUUUAUACCAUUCUAAAUGCUCAGAAAAUUAGAAGAUACCCAGACAGCACACCAAAUCCUUUGGAUAUCUACUGAACAUCCCAAUAUCCACUGAAUGUCCAGUCCAUGGUCGAUAUCUAUUUUAUAUCUAUGAGAUGUAAUUUAUAGACAUGCAAAUGUCCAUAAAUAAUAGUAAUUAUAUAGCAAAUUAUUAAAAAAUUACGCCAUUGUGGCUAAUAGUACUGUUCAGAUAUUUAAGGUCAAUUCAUAAACUACGUUCAGUUCGAGUUCAACAUAAACAGAGCAAAAUGACACGGUAAGUAUGUUUUGGAUAAGAAGUUAUAACAGAUUCAUAAUUAUUUUAUAACCAACACCAUCUACCAAUAUAAUUAAAACAAAAAUAACACUAAAAUAUAAUUUUAUUUUGUGGAAUUUGUGGUUAUGUCUUGCCAACUGCAACUGAGCGGGAACUGAACGUAGUUUAUGAAUCCACCUU